GCGCCGAUGCGGAUCUCGGUAGCCGGUCCGUCCGUCGUUGUCUACGCACCAGGCGACCGACCACUGCGCCACGUGCUGGGGCUUUUGUACGUCGUGGUGUCGGUCGGCCUCAGUCUCUACAGCCUCUAUCUUUUUGCCCCAUACCUUGAAAACGAUCUUUUUUGGAGUGGCUUUGCGACACUCAACACGUCGGCGGCGCUUCGCUAUGUCUACAACCGCGCGCUCGCGUCCAUGAACGCAACGUCGUCUGCAACUGUCCUUGACGUGCAGGCGCUGCCGUGGGUCGAGCCGUACGAGAUGCAGCCAGCGUACGGUCGGCGGUUGCUCUACGAGCACAUGACAGCGCUUCCAACCGCAAUUGCGAGCCUGCGCCACCUUGACAGCGGUCUCUUUACGUUUCUACCAGCGAAAUACUGCUGGGUGGACUUGGAGCGGCGUUGGGAAAUGGGCGUCACAACCGCGACGCAGGCCCGGUGCGAGGCCAACGACAUGGCCAAUGGCGCCGCGUACCUCGAAGCCGUCCUGCGCAACAUGGACUUUGGCGCGUGGUACGCCCAGAACGGCCUGCGCUUCAACAUGCGCGUGCUCACGCCGUUGAAUGCGACCGAUGCUGGUGCCGCGUGGUCCAAUCGACUGCUUACCCACACACUUGUCGAUGUGCAAAGUGAAGUCCUUCUCUGGGAAGCCCACGGCAUUGCGUAUUUUCAGCUGCUCUACUCCAACCACUACGAGGUCGGCGUCCUCGAAACCAUUGUGAUCGAGAACGCGCUCGGCGUUGUCUCGUCGUUUACGAUCAAAUCGAUCGCAUCCGUGCAGCGUGGGACGCCGUCGUGGACGACCGCGCUCCUCACGGGCAACUUUGAGUUUGAGUUGCAAGGCCCGGGGGUCAACCAAAGUCUCGUGCGCCACACACCUCUCUUUUACGGCGACAUUGACCCGACGCAGGUCGAAGUGUACCUGCUCGGGCCGUUCCGAGGGCUCAUCAACGACGUGGUGCACGCGCAAAUCGGUAUGCUCAACAACCUACGCCUGCGCUGGGUGCCGCCACCGCCCGACUGGAUUGCAGCCGUGCAGAGCUUUGACGCGAUCGUGCUCUCGGCGCUGCAGUCGAAUGCUGCGUUCGCACGCGCCUACAACGCCGUGCCAGCAUCGAUGGAGCUACCGCCACCGUCGUGGACCGACGCGCCGAUAGUCUACUUUGGCGGCAACCCCAUGUGUGCCUACGGUCGUCCGCAGUCGUUUCCGCAAGAAUCGUUUUCCUUCGACGAUGUGUGCAGCAAGCAGCUGCCGCUUCGCUUUACGUGGACUCGUGAAAGCAGCCUCCUUGUCCUUGUGAGCGGUGUCGACACGUCGUUUCUUUGCUCAAGCAGCGCAUGCUCAUCGUACCUCGCGUCUGUUGCCGCCGCGGCGAAGCUCCUCGGAACCGUAUCGGUUGCGCUACCCGCCUCGGUUGUCGGCUCGGACGUCGGGCUUAUGCAGUUUGUCGCCUCAGUGUCCAAUGAAUCGGACAUUUCGCUCGACAUGCAGCGCCUGUUUACGCCGGCGUGGCGCCCGCACGGCGUCGCCUGCGCGUACGACUGGGCGCAAAAUGUCCGCGAGGUCGUGUCCUUUGAAGGCGACAUGCGCACGCUGCAGCUCAUGUCGGCGGCGUACACGGGGACACCGACGGCGUUUGCGCCGCCGAGCGUGAGUUUGGGUAGCUACCUCUUGGCCAUGACGGCGGUCAUCACCAGUGUGCUCUGCCUCGUCGCGGUUGCGAUCAUCCUACUGUCGGUGGGACGGCGCCGAUGGCAUGCGCCGCCGUGGCUUCAGUUCCACCGCUUGACCGCAUCGGUAUAUUUAAACCGGGGUCUCAUGAGCUCGCGUGCGCUCACCGCGGCGCUCUGUCUGGCAACCGCCGUCGUCGAGCCGGUGGUAAAUGGCGCGACAAUGCAGUUGCAGGCGGCACCGCGCCCGGUGUGGGUCUCGGCGCUAUUGGCCGCCGAGACACUCUGGGUGCUCUACGGUGGGCAAGAGCUCUUGCACCCGCUCACACCGUCAAGCUCAGUUCUUUUUCCGGUUGUAAGCGCACUGGGCUUUUCCAGCAUUUGGCUUUUGGACGUUUUGGCACCGCCGACGAUCACUGCAACGCUCUCGCGCAGCUGCCUUGGUAUCGGUAUGGACGUCAUGCUCUAUUGUACGAGCGGACACGUGCAAAUUGGCAGCGUAUCGCGGCUUCUCGUGCUGCUCACGUGGCUCGUGGCUCUACUUUUGCUCUCGACGCUGAGCGUCGCCGUCGCCCGGUGGCGGCAGCGGCGUCCGAUGCUGUGCAUUGAAGAGAGCGCCUACAUGGUGCUGCCGCCGCUCGCUGUCGCGCACUGGCCGCGCGGCGCGAUCGCGAUCGAUGCCAUCUCGGCGGUGCUCUGCGGCCUGCUCUUUGUCUCCAAGACGCACGUCUUUGACACCAAGCUCUGGCUGUGGCUAUCCCCGGAUACGUUCGAAUGGCAGCACCACUGCCUCGUGCUUUUGCCACCGACAAUGGGACCAACGCCGAUCGUUGUCGGUGUGACGCCGAUCAAGCCGACGCCGCCUCCGAAUAGCUGGUUCAAAUCCAAGCUCGCGCCUCUCUCACUGCUCUUUGGCUGCCUCUACAUUGUGGCGACCCUCGGCAGCAACGUCGCGUACUUUAACCUCGUGCGGGACACCCUUGCCAACGACUUUUUCUGGGCGGGCUUCAACGCGACUGGGAGCUACGCGUUCGUCGCCAACGCUCUCAACCAGCGUCUCUUGACGAACACGUCCACACAGCUACGCCUCGAUGCAACCGCCCUCAUCGAUUACAGUCCGUCGUACGACGAGUCGGUCGCCACCAUCGCGUGGCCCGUGACGGCCGCGUCCCGUGGCCUCCAGGACGAAAAUGUGCUCACACUCGCGACCGCCGUGCGCGGCCUGCGCACCAUGGAUCCAUGUCGGCUCCCGUGGGUCUUUACGCAGUAUUGCUGGCUUGACGUCCACCAGCGCUGGGGCAUGGCCCACACGCAAGCGCGGCAAGACCGAUGCAAACGCCACAUGGCCUCGAAUGCUGCCGUGUACCUCGAGACGGCCUUGCGCAACAUCAACGACUGGGGGCAGUGGCACGCUUGCUAUGGCGACUCGUUUGCUACUGGGUUUGUCGACGAGCUCCAGCAGUCGACUGCCGGCCAAGCCUUUUUAGCGUCCUUGCACGCUGGCAUUUUGCUUUCGGUCGACGACGAAGUCAUCUACUGGCGGCAGGCCAACCUGAUUCGCUACGAACUUCAGUGGCAAAAUUUCAAAACCACCGGGUUCCACGAUGCUAUGCUCGUAGAGAACGCGCUCGGGCUCGCGUAUGCGCUACCGCUGGCCAAUGUUGUCGGUCGCUUUCACCCGACGCGACAAACGUCGCACGUCAUGUACUGGGCGUUCGCCAGUGAUCUCUGGGCCGUGACCGCUUCCAAUGCGUCGCGGAUCGCCGGGUGCAGCUUGCUGCGAUCGAGCAGUGUGUUUGCCUUUGCAAAUGUAUCGAGCGAGCAGCUCCUUGUCGACAACCGUACCUUGUCGUACCCGCUCUCGAGCGGUUUUCAUGCGCUCUCGUCGCACGUCGGGCCGUUCAACGCCGUCGACAUGUUAUUUGUGCCAGUGCCAUUUCCGCUCGGGCGCUUCUACGCAUUGUUUCAUGAUGCGCUGGCGAUGCUGUCAGCGACCGACCUCGAAGCACAGGCGCGCUACGUCCAUUUGCCCACCAAGUAUUUUGUCUUGGCCGUACCCCUGGUGUGGCAGGCGCUACCAACCCCGAUUUCGAUGGGCGGCAACAUCUUUUGCGGUGACAACGCUGUCGCGAGCCCGUUCUUCUUUGGCAUGGCCAUCGGGUUUGGCGCCACGAGCUACUGCAACUCGGUGUACCUCGAAGUGAUGCAACCGACGCCGUCGCAGGUGCUCUUUGCUUUGUCUGCGUUCAAUGCCACGUCGACGCCGUCGAUGGACGCGACCGACUAUGUCGAUAUUUGCAGUAGCGAUGCCAUUGUUGACAGUCGCUGCGUGGACGACUACAUGGCGGGUGGAGCGUUCCUCGAGACGUACCCUGCACUGGCAUUUGCAGCGGAGGCGACCGCCGCCUACGACGCUAUGGCAGCACACAACGUGACCGUGCUGCAGUACGGACGCCAGAGCGAUGGCUCGUCGUCGCUGCUGCAGCUAUCGCUCUUAAGCUCGUCGGACCGUAUCUGGAGCUUUUAUGGGUGGUUGCUGUUGUACGAGUGGACGUGUGGCAUGCGCGAGGUCGUUGCCUUUACGGGGGAUGCCGGCACCGUCACCACCAUCAGCCUCGGCGUCGUGCCCGUGACAAUGCCACCGGACGCGGGUUUUAUUCCGCAAACGUAUGCGUUUUACUGCCAGCAAGUUGUGCUCUACAUCACGAUCGUGCUCAUUUGCAUGGCGAUCGUCGUCUUGGGCUACACACUGCACUUGCGCGGACACAUGGAAAGCCUCAACCUCCUCGAGUUUAACCGAACGGUGGGCAUUGUCUGGGUCGGUCGCAGCUUUCUCUUUGUGCGCAGCAUCACCGCGCUCUGUCUUUUGCAUACGAGUACGCUCCAGCUUUCGAAAACCGGCCUCGGCACGCUCCUCGCGUCGCCGCCGUUGCACUGGACCAAGAUCGUCCUCGCGUCCUCCGAAGCCACGUGGCUCGUCUACGUCCUCAACGACAUUCUGAGCUGCGUCACGCAGCAGUACACGCCGUCCUAUGCAUACAAGAGCUCGCUCCUCACGUGGAGCUGCACUUUUCUCUGGACGCUCCUCGAUGCGCCGCCAAGUGCGACCGCCAACGUCUCGCGCGUCUGCGAGCUCCUCAACAUGGACGACGGCCUCGUGUGCGUGAGUGGCCGCGUUCAGAUUGGCAGCGUUCGCCGCGUCUACACGACAAUUGGCAUUGCGCUAGGCUGCAUCAUUGCCACGUAUGGGAUCGAACGCAUGUUGCAGCCCCAGCUCCGUCGCCGACACAUUCCGUCGCUGCUGCUCAACGCGCAGAGCGUCUACUGCCUCCUUUUUCGCGAAGUGAACGGCGCGUGCUACUUGGACAAGGCGUCCGCGGCCCUCGCGGGGCUUCUCGCUUUCUCGCAAGGCGACGUGUGGUACAUUUUAGAUGUGAAAACGUGGCGGCUCCUCGUGGUGCGGACGCGGGCAUGUGCCGACCAUGACGCCCACCUCCAUCACUGCUUGCCGCUAAGCCAGCUCUAACUACCCACUCCAGCGAUAUGCUCACCUUUUCAUGCCCAAUCCCCAAUCUCGUGCGCUCACUACAGACUUGUUCCAGAC